AUGAAAGGAAAGGCUAACUCUGCACUGGAGCCGAAGAUCUCCUCUGAAGUCUUCGUCAUUCUCUGGACUCAAAGACCAGUGAAGAGCAGAGGAGGAAGGGGAAGCAGAGGAGAGCAGGCAGAGGAGACAGAGGAGGAAGAUGAGGUAGAGGAGACAGAGGAGGAAGUUGAGGCAGAGGAGGCAGAAGAGGAAGAUGAGGCAGAGGAGGAAGAUGAGGCAGAGGAGUCAGAAGAGGAAGAUGAGGCAGAGGAGGAAGAUGAGGCAGAGGAGGCAGAGGAGGAAGAGGAGGCAGAGGAGACAGAGGAGGAAGAUGAGGCAGAGGAGGCAGAGGAGGAAAAUGAGGCAGAGGAGUCAGAAGAGGAAGAUGAGGCAGAGGAGGAAGAUGAGGCAGAGGAGGCAGAGGAGGAAGAGGAGACAGAGGAGGCAGAAGAGGAAGAUGAGGCGGAGGAGACAAUUCCACUGCUGUGUGUCAGGACCCCAAUCUUAGGAGAAACUUAUUUUAAAAACUCACAACAACCUGGUCUAUAA